AGUCCACUUUUGCGUCCGAGGUACGAAAAUAAAUAACUAUAUUUCCAUAGUAAAAUAUUAAUAUUGUUUUUUAGCAUCACGAAGUUGCCGAUAUUGUCAAUGAAGUUGUUGAGGAUAUGGAUUGCGUCACAGGUGAUCCUGUAUGGUUUGAUGGAGACAAAGAAACUACGUCCGAAGCAAUCAAUUGCAUCAACGAGGGUUUGGAAUUAAUAGGAACUUCACCCAUCAAGAAGGAUAAAAUUUCUCAAAAGCACUAUGCGACUGCCAAAAUUGAAAACAUAUCUAAAGCCAUUUCAGAAAAUAUUUUCCAUUAUUGCUGUGAUGUAAGUGAUGCUAGUGUUGAAGAAAAUGAUGGAAAUCAUAUAUUACAAUUGUUGAGAGAGGAAUUUAAUGCAACGAUAGAUCAUGAAGAACAAAUGGAAAUUUUGACUAUUUUUAAGGAUUGGUCUUUUCGCAAAAUUACGCAUCAUUUUCCUUCCGCUACUUUUCACAUGAUAACUGUUGCAAAGAAAACUGCUCGCGAAAAAGGAAUCUUAGCUGACUCUAGCCCAAAAAGGCAUCCAUCAUUAACAAAAGACGUUAUCGAUUUAAUUAUCAACUUUUACGAAAAUGAUGAGAAUAGUCGUUUGCUGCCAGGAAAAUCGGAUUUUGUUUCUGUCAAAGUAAGUAACGAACGUGUUCACAUGCAAAAAAGAUUAAUUUUGACAAAUUUAAAAGAGCUAUACCAAUUGUUUGAGGAAAAAUACGCGGAAGUUAAAUGUAGUUUUUCCAAGUUUGCAACUUUACGCCCAAAAUAUUGUGUCCUAGCAGGUGUAAGUGGAACACAUUCUGUCUGUGUUUAUGCCAUACAUGAGAACGUCAAGUCAUUAAUUGACGGGCCAAAUAUAAAACAUCUGACAGCAGAUGUGCCGAUCCCUAUAAAAAGUUAUCAUGACUGUCUGAAUCGUAUGAUUUGUGUUCAACCAACAACUGAUUGCUAUCUUGGAACGUGUUCCACGUGUCCUGGUGCAACACAACUGAUAGACGAAUUAGAAAAUAUUUUUCUUUGCGAUUCUAUUGACGAAAUCACAUACAGGCAAUUGAUAAACGUCGAUAGAACAACUUUGCAAGUUAUGGUAUCACCAGUAGACGAGUAUUUACAAAAAUUGAAGAUCGGUCUGGAAAAAUUACUUCUGCACUCAUACCUUGUGAAAAAACAAAAUGAGUUUAUGAAUAUUAAAAAAGAAAAGUUGACAGAAAAUGAGUGCAUUGUGGUUUGUGAUUUUUCUGAGAACUAUGCUUUUGUUAUUUAAAAUGCUGUACAAGGCAUUCACUGAAACAAUAAUCAAGCCACAGUGCACCCAUUUGCAAUUUACAACAAAAAUAUUGACGGUGAAAUUUGUAUGAAAAGUUUUGUCAUAAUAUCCGAAUGUUUGCAUCAUGAUACGAUUGCCGUUCAUGUGUUUCAGAAGUAUUUAGUUCAAUUUUUAAAGAAAAACUUCAAACAAAUUAAAAAAAUUAUUUAUUUUUCUGAUGGUGCCAGUGGGCAGUACAAAAACAAAAAAAAAAUGUUGCUAAUCUCACUCACCAUAAAGAAGAUUUCGGUUUAGGUGCAGAAUGGCACUUCUUCCCAACUUCGUAUGGCAAAGGUGCGUGCGAUAGCUUGGGAGGAACGUUGAAAAGAUUAGCUGCUAGAGCCAGUCUGCGAAGAACAAACGAUCCAAUACAAACGCCAAGACAAUUAUUUGAAUUAGCAACUAAAGCUCUCCCUAAAAUAACAUUACAAUUCGUAGAAAAUUAUGAUUGUUCAGAAGAAGAGAAAAAGUUGAAGGCAAGAUUCGAUAAGGCUUUAACUAUCACGAAAAGUAAAGCAUUAGCGAAGCAUUUUUCUUUGCAAGAACAUUCAACAGAAUGUCAGUAUUAUAAAAUGAUUAAAUCUCUUGUUACACGUUAAAUAUCUUGCUACAUCUAUUAUUGUCACAUUGCUUCAAAUAGUAUACGGGCUUGAAUUUAAACAUUCUUUGGUCUCUUGGAUAGUUGUAAUAUGUGAGUAAAUUUAUUGAUUAAAACACAUUAUUUAUAAAAUAAUUACUUCAAUGCAUAUUCCAUUAACAUUUAGGAGUACUCAAAGUUUUCUUAUUUAAAAAAAUGGAAGCACUAAAAAGACUGUUGUAAGUAAGUUAAACAUUGUAAGAUUUUUGAAACUGUGCGUACUUGUAAUUUGUGAAAAUAUUCUACAGAAAUAUACCUUUAUUUAAACGAUAAACUAGUUUCCACUAUUCUUGAACGACAAAUCGCGUAAGCAUCUCCAGGAACGCUGGUCGCGGCUUGACUCAGAAACGUUUUAGCACGUCAAGCUAUGAUCCACGCGCGACGCGCACGCCGCGCACUAGAAAAUGUUUAAUAUUUUCCGAUCCAAUAAAGUCUCCACAUUUCUUGAGUGUGGGUUUUUUAGAUUAAAACAUA